CACACGCAAAAGCUAAACAGGACAGCUCGCGCGAGUUAGUGAUAACUUAUGCGUCUUGUAUACAAAGCAAGAACUAUGGCUCAGCUAAGUUCAAAGCAAAUCAUCACUUUCUCCAUCGACGGUAUCCUAAGCUCUGGCAACGAAGAGGAAAAUCUUCGAAGAAGCUCGGUGGAUUAUCGAGAAGACAUCAUCAAAACGGAAACAUUUCCAUCUGCUGAGAAAUCAACAGUACAUGUCGAAAUCAACGCGGCGAGAACGAACAACAAUAGCCCUGAUUAUAAGUUGGAUAAACACUGUGGUGAGUAUGAAAAUUUUGUUUUCGUGGGAUAUAUUUUUUCUGAGGGUUCAAUGUAUUUCCGCAUCGUAUCUUGGAAGAGCCACAACGUAUAAGUGUUAAACACACUUUUAAAAAUACAGGAAAGAGAAGCAUUAGUCGCCUCUCAGCGAUUUAAAGCUAUGAGGAGUAAAAGCCAGGAUAGGAGGUUACUCUUUUCGUUAUGAUGCUGUAAUUUCCUUCCUUAAAACCGCUUAAUGAACACGAUGUAUUCGGUAAUAAUUUCCCUGGCUUUUGUCUUACACGAUAACAAUCGUGAAGCUUGCACACUUUUCAUUCCGCGUGAUCACUGCCUUAGAAACAAUUCUCUUUUCUUCAUGAUCGUCCUCGUCUACUGAGGGCCUGGCAAAGGCUAAAACUUGUCCAUUAAUUGCUUUUUAAGAAAGGUUAACUCGGUCAAGCUGUAGAUCAUUAUUUUUAGAAGUGGGAAAUGCAAACAUUAUUUCUCUGAAAGGUGUUCGAAUCCAAUUAAAAUAGCAUCGAGAAGGACUAAAUUGGAUAAUGUUUUAACCAGAUCAUCCGAAUAUUCCUGCAUCCACUCUUCAUCCACUCUUCAUUACUAACUGAUAACUUCAGUAUCAUGUUCAUUAGGAGAUCAAAGGAAGCUUUGUGUUAUCGCACACGAACAGGUUCUUCAUGGGAAAUUAAAAUCCGUAUUUCAGCGUAGUGGCUAUCACCAGGCUUUCAAACGGAACUCACGCGCUCUCAUAUCUCACUACAUACUAUACAAAAUCGUCGUCUCUUGUGUUCUUUCCUCUUUCUCUUAAUCCAGUUUCUUUUUCAAUCCAGUUGUGACUUUGAUUUAUGGAUAAACACAUAAGAUAAUAUUUCUUUGGGUUUAUUUGACAUGUUAACGAUGUUUUUGAUAACUUCAUCUUCUCUCUCCGGAAGAAUUUAAUUAGCCUUACUCACUCAGAAAUAACUGUCCGUAUUUACUCUCUCUACGUGCUUCUCCAAGCAGCUUCUACACGUUAGCUUUUCUCAUUUUAUUCCGUUUUGAGCUUAAGUGGAUUUCAGUUCAAAUCAAAACGUGACAAGCUCAAAAAAAGCGUGAAGCACUGCAUUUAUCACUGUCUGACGAGAAAGCCUUGUGGUUAGGAUUAAAUUCAAACGUAGACAGGAAAAACGCAACAACUUUCUAAUAAUCUUAUCUUAAACACGCCAACUCAAGAGCAACAGAAUUGGUACAGUUUUCUAUUAGCAAUAUCAUGAACCUCUUAAGUCCUUGAACAGUGGGUUUUAAAGGCGAAAGCUAAAAUGCUAUUAGCAUGCAUUGUAGAGAAUUAGAGAAUAAAAGAUCAUGAAGUGAAAUACUUGAACCACUUAACAAACUAGACUGCGGAGAACCUUGGAAAUUUAGAGUAUGUGCAAAAAUGCACAGAUUCUCAUGCAAAUUAAGUCAUGAAGGCUUUUACGGAGAGUUGAAACUGAUUUGUCAAGCGACGAGAUGAUUGUCAAAUUCUGUAAAAUUCUGGUAAAAUUAUGGUCACUUUAGACAGAAAAUGACAGAAAAUCGUGCCAGUAGAGGAGUCAUUCAUGCUGGUUCGUCUGACAACAUGGGCGCCAUUUGUCUAAAAGUGGUUCUUUGACCCCAAGAGAUUACACUCACUGCAGAUUAUAAGGUGUAAAUGUUUUAGAAGUAGGCGGAGUUGCGUUCUUGAGGCACUCUUGGAUCGAAGUAUUAUUAUUUUCACCAAGACACGCAAUGAUUUUAUUAUCAAAGGUGUUGUUCAUUUUAGCUCAUUUUUCACACUCAGUGAACACUCUAUUUCGGGAAAGUGACUCAAUCAAGUCACAACUUGUCAAGUCUCAAAUGAAAGAAGGUUCUAAACUGUCACAUGCCUGUAAAUCUGGAACAGUGGGUCUCAAAAAAUGGUAGAAAUGUGGCCCGGAGGAUUGAUUUGCUUCCGAGAGUCACUCGUAUCGCUAAAUCGACACACAACUGGCCUUUGAGACCAAAUGUCUACUUCCACGUUCAUGGUUAAGAUCUUCAUUAGAUUUUAUCUCUUAUUAACUUGUGGAAAAACAAACAAGGCGAAAUAUGUUGGUAACUGCUGGAAUCUAUGAACUAAAUAAAGUAUAAAAGAGUUGAUCAGACAUCAAAACUAACUGACACUCUGGCUUAACCGAACAUGCACACCAUGAGCGCCAAAUAAGUUGAGCUGCUAAUUCUCAUGUUUGUACAGAUAACGUCACAGCAUUGUUUUCAUUCAUUUAAAAUGUUCCAUGCUCGCCCUCCCAUGAAUUAGUAAAAGAAACAUUUUUUGGAUAGUCGUUUCUCAGCGUUACUGAAGAUUAAUAAUUUUCGAAAAAGUUAUGCUCAUAAGCACAGCUUUAUGAUUAACAAGUAAGCUUAGCAGUUUUCACGAAAAGCGCCGUCGUGAUAUGUAAAGGAUCCAUUUGUAAGAGGUUAUAUUUUUUUUCCUUAAAAAUUGACCAUACUAAGGUUCUGCAUCGAGUGAAUGGACUGGGUUGUGUCGUGGUACUUAACGAAAUAAUUGACAUUAUGGAAAGUCUACUGGUUUUGCUGGCACGAACAAGUUAAGUUCUCUUGUGGGCUUUUCCUGUGCUCGCUCAACGAGGUCAUAGUGAGCUAUGGCGGAAAUUAGAAAGUAAACACAGGCUUAAGUACUUCAUUUAGCUUUUAUUAGGAGAAGGAUAUGUCUGGUUUUGGUGGGUAGAGGGAUCUUUGACUACAAUUCUUCAUGUGCUUGUCAUUCUGUAAUAAAUUCAUGAAAACAGUAACCUCGUUGAAUGCUUGAAAGAUUUUGGCACAAUUGGCUGUAUCUCAAAACUUUCAACCUGUUUACCUCUCGUAUUUAAAGCUUGAAUCCUCGAGAUUUUAUUGGCAAUUUAAAGCUCAUUCUUUGUUAAGCCAACCUUCAAUUCCUCAGUUUUUGAUGGCGAAAGGACCCAUCAGUAUUAUCUGCAUAGAGCUAAAACUUUCAAUGAUCAAAACAGUAGGCUUUUUACGACUGGCUAGCUAAACCCUCUAGGAGAAAACUAAUUUGCUGAGAAAACAAGAGGUGGAUCAUGAGUCCCGAUAAGGCCGCUAGAACCUUACUGGUUGGGGCAAUUCACGAAAGACCGCGACCACAGAGGUGCCGAGGCAUUACAGUUGGUUCUUUACUAUAGAGGCUGCUGUAUCUGGUUAUGCGCAUGUACUGACCAAAAGGGUGAAUGGCUUAAGACGAUUAUUAUAACGCUUCAAAUAGUGGCUUUUCAUUAAACGAUUUAGAGGUCUACAGCCUUACUGCUGGUAAAGAUGAAAUAUGAUUAUUUGAGACUUUGGUAUAAAUAACACUGCACGCAACUCUCAUCUAUAACUCGCCUACAUAUUGAUCAACUAGUUAUAUUAACUCAAUCGAUAAUGGUAGGCUGUAAUAAUUUGUUCGUUUUCUCAUAGAAUCUGGGAUUAAAGAAACAGAAGGUGAUACAGAUUCCUCAGCUGCUACCAAGAUAAAAGCGUCAAACAAGAAAAAGAGACGUGUUUUAUUUUCAAAGGCUCAAGUGUACCAAUUAGAAAGCAGAUUUCGCGUUCAAAAGUAUCUUUCGGCUGUUGAAAGAGAUCAGUUGGCUAGAAUGAUCAACCUGACACCCUCACAGGUGAAAAUUUGGUUUCAGAACCAUCGAUACAAGAGUCGUCAGCAGAUUAAGCAUGAUGGACAGUUCGAGGACGACCCCAAGGUUCCAUGCGGGGGACAUUACCAUCCGGCAGAGGUACCGUGCUUACAGCCAUGCCCGUAUUACGAGCCUAGGGACACAAUCAAUUCAUUCUCCUCGGCUUUCAUGCCUUGGUCUUCAGUAUGUCCAGCCUCUUCGCUGGCUCCAAUAAACACUUUCUCGUUCUCACCACCUCCCGGUCAACAUUUCGUACGCUAUCCUUCGUGCCAAUAUGAAAGCCAAAGACAACCGCUGUAUCCUCCAGUUUUUUAUUAAUUUUAUCUUGUUCGGGGGCUCUCCAUGAGAAAUCCACGGUUUUCGAAAUCACCCUGCAUCAUUUUGGAGGAUAGUAUUCAUCCAUUCAAAAUUUUUUUCCGAGUAUUUCAGCAUUGGUUGAGUUGAGACUAGGAGACAGUUACUUUGUUGGGUUGCUCUUUCAUGGGAACAUUCUGGCAUCCUUUUAAAUCACACUGUGAUAACUUACUCUUCAUGAACGUUUAUGAAAUGUUGUUGCGUUUUACAAGGAAAAUGCUUAGCUUUGCAUUGACAAGUCUAAAAUGUCAAGGUAACAUACUAUGCGCUACUCUCCUGCAAUGUUCAGUUACCACCUUAAAAUUUAUUGUAAUAUAACUCUUGCCUUGUUUGUUUGUUUGUUUUUUGAGAGCUAAAACCUUUUUAUGACACAUGGAGUUUGUACUCUAUUUAUUCUCGGUUCAUUUACAAUUGAUCAUGAACGAAGCUUGUUACGCAAUUUCGCUUAAUUGACAGAAGAAUGUUCAUACAUCUGACUGCUCUGUAAAUAAUCACUGAAAAUAAAUCUUCACCUAAAAAUGCAAUAUUGCGUGUUAAUUGUUUCAUAGCUUUCGUAGGGUCGUUGAGCCAAUCACACCCGGAAAUUUGCUUUUCAGUAAAGUUAGACAAGAAC